AGUUUGAAAGAGUUUUAAAAGGCGUCAACAUCGUCUACGUCUACAGUGAGGAUUCUCAAUUCAUAAACGCGCACUACAGCAGUGUAUAGAGAGAAGAGAGGUGUUAGUGUAGGCUGUAUAUAUGGCAGAGGAAACGAAGAUCGGAAUUGAUUAUGCAAUGGAGGCGGCCUCCGGACCUCACUUUUCCGGCCUCCGUCUAGACCAUCUCCGAUCAUCUUCUUCUUCUUCAUCCAUCCCUCUUUCUCAUGCUUCCAAACAGCCCUUCAUAAUCGGAGUCUGUGGAGGUACGGCUUCGGGUAAAACGACUGUUUGUGAUAUGAUUAUUCAACAGCUUCAUGAUCAUCGUGUUGUGCUUGUUAAUCAGGAUUCCUUUUAUCGUGGCUUGACGCAAGAGGAAUCCAAACAUGUGAGCGAAUAUAACUUUGAUCACCCAGAUGCUUUUGACACAGAGGAGCUUUUAGAGUGUGUUGAGAAGCUCAAACUUGGGCAGUCUGUACACGUACCCAUAUAUGACUUUAAGAUACAUCGCAAGUCUGCAGACUCUUUCCGCCAGGUUAAUGUAUCAGAUGUAAUUAUAUUGGAAGGAAUACUGGUAUUCCAUGACCAACGUGUCCGUAACUUGAUGAAUAUGAAGAUUUUUGUUGACACAGAUGCUGAUGUGAGGCUUGCUCGUAGAAUAAGACGUGACACUGUUGAGAGGGGUAGGGAUGUAAACUCUGUUCUUGAACAGUAUGCAAAAUUUGUGAAGCCUGCUUUUGACGAUUUUAUUCUGCCAUCAAAGAAGUAUGCUGAUGUUAUUAUACCCCGUGGUGGUGAUAAUCAUGUUGCCAUUGAUUUGAUCGUACAACAUAUCCGUACCAAGCUUGGCCAACAUGAACUUUGCAAAAUUUAUCCCAAUGUAUAUGUAAUUCAGUCAACUUUCCAGAUUAGAGGUAUGCAUACACUAAUUCGAGAUCAAGAGAUAUCGACAAAUGAUUUUGUAUUCUAUUCAGACCGGCUUAUCCGACUGGUUGUGGAGCAUGGGCUUGGCCACUUACCCUUCACGGAGAAACAGGUGGUCACUCCAACGGGAUCGGUAUAUACUGGGGUUGAUUUCUGCAAGAAAUUAUGCGGAGUCUCGAUUGUUCGAAGUGGUGAAAGCAUGGAGAAUGCUAUGCGUGCUUGUUGCAAAGGAAUAAAGAUUGGGAAAAUUUUAAUCCAUCGUGAUGGUGAUAAUGGUAAACAGCUUAUAUAUGAGAAACUUCCAAAAGAUAUUUCAGAGCGACAUGUCUUGCUCUUGGACCCAGUUCUUGCUACUGGCAACUCGGCUAAUCAGGCAAUUGAACUACUCAUACAAAAAGGAGUACCGGAAUCCCAUAUCAUAUUCCUUAACCUCAUAUCUGCUCCAGAAGGAAUACAUUGUGUCAGCAAGAGGUUCCCAACGCUUAAAAUAGUUACUUCAGAGAUUGAUGUUGCAUUAAAUGAAGAGUUCCGUGUGAUACCAGGUAUGGGGGAGUUUGGAGAUCGUUACUUUGGUACCGAUGAUUGAUCAAUCUGAGGAAUGAAUAUCAGCUAUUGUCAGUGUUUACUCAUUAAGCAAGUAUCACAUUAGCCCAUAUGCCAUAAGUUAAAAAAGUGUAAAAUGUAGAUCAACCUGCGCACAUAAGUGGGGCUUUAUUAUGUCUUAUUUAGCAUUGAUGGCAGAGGAAUAAGCUUUGAGUUUGCAUAUCAUAUACUCUUUGGCUGUAUAAGUAAUUCUUGAUGGUAUUAAUAUUACCAUCUACCAAAAUCUAGACAGUUUUAGUUUGAUUCUCAUGCUUAGAUAAGUUGCUUUUAACAAGGAUGAUUGAUGUUUGCAUAAUCAAAUAUUUGCAUUAUCGUUGUA